AUGAAGGGGAAUGAUACAACCCUAGCCAACACAAAAUUUCUGCAGUGGAACUCACCGAUACCAUACCUCUAUGGCGGCCUCGGAGUAGUGCUGGGACUCAUCACAGUAGCAUUGAUGUUUCUUGCUUGCUCUCCGAUCAAGACAUCAUCGUCGACGAGUGAUGAUCGUGAAGAAGAGCUUCAGUCCAAGGACAUGAAUGAACUCCGAGCCACUGAGCCAAGUUUCGUGGUUGUCAUGGCCGGACAAGAGAAUCCCACAUGUCUGGCAAAGCCUAAGGUUGUUCUUGCUCAUAAGCCUGAGGGUAGUCAAUCAAGCCCCGCCUUGGACAUAGGCGUUGUGUUUUUUGGAUGGAAUGAAACAGGGGAGAAUGGAUGA